UGUUUUUAGUCUCUGUUAAUAUAUAAGGACAUGUUUAUAGUCUUUGUUAAUACUUUGUGUUAUAAGUCUGACAUAUAUUGAUUCCAACACUUAACACGUAUACAUUUGCUUGACAUCACAAAGUAUUUCUUGUUAUUGCUAUGCAUGACACUAUUUGGUUCUUAAAUAUGGAUAUUUAUUUAUGUUCUCUAGAUUACUCGUUAUUUCAAAGGAAUUUACAGUGUCAAACAUGUUCAGGGAUGAAGUGCAAUGGUUCAGAAGUGACAAGCUGUCCAGGAGCAGAGCCUGCUUGUCGGUUGACUGUAUCAAUGAGCGGUAUUACACUGAAGUUUGAAAGAUCCUGCAGUACAUACAGAAAAUGUCUUGACCUUAUGAGAAACAAUAGCCAAACAUGCAAUAUAUGGACCGAUGGCACUUCCUGUGCUGGUUGUUGCGUCGGAAACUUAUGUAACAAGAAUGAUUUCAUCGGCUGGACCAAUUCCUUUGAAUUCUAUAUGAUUUUCGAAAAGCUCAACAAAUCUAAAAUCUCUGAAAACACGUCAAUAUCUAUUGAGUACGAGUUAUCAAACUUGACGGGAACAACAUUCAGCGUUGAAUAUUGCGGUUCAGAGGAUGGUAAAAAUAUAUUUACUAUAUACUGUAACGUGGUCAGAGAUAUUACUAAGGAAAAGCUGUUGCUCGACAUAUACCAAGUUUUAAACACAUCACAGACAUUGUAUGACUUGAAAAUUCAGCAACAAAAUGUAGAAUUAAUUGAUGGAAGUUUCCCUCGAUGA